CAAUCGGAUAAAUAAAACAAAAACAAACCACGUUACAUAUCACAUCCACAACAAGUGGUGGUUCUUUUGGCCACCACCACUCAUCGCCGCCACCACCACCACCAUGGAUUCCAUCUUAUUCCACCACCCACCGUUCACCACCACAACACACCCAACAACCUACGCCCUUCCUAAACAACCACCACCACUUUCCACCCUCAAGCCAUCAACUCUCACUUGCCGUGCACUCGGAGACAUCACCGGUGGCGAAAACGGUGCCGUUUUCGGCGUUUCAAGCUCCAACCCCGGUGAACUAUUCCCCUCCCCAGAAAAUUCAGAAAAUUUCAAUACAAUUAAAGCCGAAAUCACCCCCGAAACCGUUGAUUUCUUCGUUAGUGAUGCCGACGGUGAUCCCGAUUGCCCCUCAGACGGCUUCUCCUCCGUCGAGGACGCCCUUUCCACUCUCCGGCGAGGAAAGCUUGUGAUCGUGGUGGAUGAUGAAAACGGCGUUAUCGAAGGAAACUUUGUGUUUCCGGCGAGUUUCACGACACCGGAAACCAUCGGCUUCGUGAUGAGACAUGGCUCCGGCAUCAUAUCCGUAGGUAUGACGUCAGAAGAUCUUGAAAGAUUAAACCUCCCUUUAAUGUCUCCGGAAAAUGAAAACUCAUUGGCUCCAUCUUUCACAAUCACCGUGGAUUCGAUUGAUACGGCUACCGGAGUGUCGGCUUCGGAUCGGGCGAAGACGAUUCUCGCGUUAGCUUCUCUGGACUCUGGGCCCGAAAGUUUUAGACGGCCGGGCCAUGUGUUUCCGUUGAAGUAUCGGCCCGGUGGGGUUCUAAGACGGGCGGGUCACACCGAGGCGUCUGUGGAUCUUGUUCAACUUGCGGGGUUGGAUCCGGUUUCGGUUCUUUCGACUAUUGUGAACCCUGAGGAUGGUUCUAUCGCGCCAUUGGACCGGUUGAGAUCACUAGCUGUUGAUCAUGACAUUCCCGUUGUUUUGAUCACUGAUUUGAUUAGGUAUAGAAGAAAGCGAGAGAGACUAGUUGAAAAGAUCGCGAUUUCUCGGCUGCCAACAAGGUGGGGUUUGUUUGAAGCUCAUUGCUAUCAAAACAAACUAGACGGAACCGAACAUAUAGCCGUUGUCAAGGGGGACAUUGGGAACGGGCUUGAUGUGUUAGUACGUGUCCACUCAGAAUGUUUGACCGGAGAUAUAUUCGGGUCGGGUCGUUGCGAUUGUGGCAAUCAAUUAUCAUUAGCGAUGGAAAUCAUCGAGGAAUCCGGAAGAGGAGUACUUAUCUAUCUUCGCGGACACGAAGGUAGAGGCAUAGGCUUAGGUCACAAGUUACGAGCGUAUAACUUGCAAGAUCUCGGUCAUGACACCGUAGAAGCCAAUCUAGAACUCGGGUUUGCUCCUGAUGCACGUGAAUACGGGAUUGGAGCCCAGAUGUUACGAGACAUUGGAGUUCAAACGAUGCGCCUAAUGACUAACAACCCGGCUAAGUUUACCGGGCUCAAGGGCUAUGGUUUGGCAAUUGUGGAACGAGUUCCGGUCAUGACUCCAAUUACCGAUGAAAAUAGGAGGUACUUGGAAACUAAGAGAACAAAGAUGGGCCAUAUAUAUGGAUCUGAUAUACCAGACCUUUAAUAAGCCCAAACAUACCAUUUUUUAAAUGUUUGGACCAUAAUCAAUAUAAUUUAGCCUUUAUACACAUUAUGUUUGCAUUCGGUUUUAGCUCGAAGCCAAGACCGAAAAUUGCUCAAAUAUGAAACCGAGGGCCAACCACGACACCUUAAUUUCGGUUCGGUCACUCAGGUUGGGCGGUUCGGACCGAAUGGCACUCAACCCUACACACAUGUACCUAUUGUAAAAAAAAGAAAGAAAAAUAAAGUUGGCAUUUUAAUGUAA